UUAACAUCUAGGAAGUAACUUUGCAACUUUUCUCUCCGUCGGACGACGUGGAGGACAAGACACAAUCCUCCUUGUCAAACAUACUUUGCAUUUUUCAGCAGCAUCAUCGUCGCCGAAGUGCUACUGAAAUGUGUCUUCGUCAUUAGAAAGUGGUUUGGGCUUGUUUCUCGACUUACCUUCGCCGGAAAACGCAGGUCAAGGUGGUUGUUGUGGGGGGGUUUUCCCCACCUGAAGUCGUGUGAUUGUGAUUUUUUUUUUGUUGCCGAUUGUGCUUCCUUGAAAGAAACUCCUCGCCGUUCUCGAGUUGAAAUGAGGGUUUUUUCUUAAAGGAUGAGCACUUCCGAUGGAGAGGCCCGUGUCGUGCAGAUCUCCCACAGGCUGCCCCAGGCGGCGCCUGCCUACUGCCCACUUCAGAUCAGCGCGGGGGACACUGCCGGGGCAGUCAUCUCCAACGCAGUGGUCACUCUGGGGCUGGAUGGUGACAGGGCGUACAGCCUGCUGGAGGUGAGGAAGAGCGGCUGCGAGGAGAAGCUGAAGCUGGAGGCUGGCGACUUCCCUCUGGAGCGUGUCCUGCUGUGGCCCAAAGAAGCCCAGAAGUGGCACCCUGAGAGCCGGGGAUACUACUUCAUCCUGGAGGAGGCCACGAAUGGAGGUGGCCGAGUGGAAACCAGUGAAGAGGCCUAUGCUGAUCUGUGCAACCUCUCCACUGUGACCGAGGACUCCAUCUUGGAGGCUUUACGCCAACGCUUCCAGAAGCACAAAAUCUACACGUACGCCCGCAACAUCCUCCUGGCGCUGAACCCCAACAAGUUCCUGCCCUUGUACUACAACCCCAAGUAUGUCAAGAUGUACGAGAAUCAGCCACUGGGCAAGCUCAGCCCGCACAUAUUCGCCAUGGCCGACCUGGCCUACAGAGCCAUGCUGAACCGGAAGGCUGACCAGUGCAUCGUCAUGUCCGGCCAAAGCGGAUCCGGGAAGACGGAAAGCGGCGGCUAUCUCGUCCACUGCCUGACGGCGCUCAGCCAGCAGACGUACUCCAGCGGCAUGGAGCGCACCGUCCUGGGAGCCAGCCCCGUGCUUGAGGCUUUUGGCAACGCAAAGACACAAGAGAACGACAACUCCAGUCGCUUUGGGAAAUUUAUCCAGCUCAACUACCUGGAGAGCGGCGUGAUUCGAGGGGCGGUUAUCAAGACGUACCUACUUGAAACGUGCCGCCUGGUUGACAGAGAUAAGCGGGAGAGGAACUACCACGUCUUCUACUAUCUGCUGGUGGGAGCGUCCAAAGACGAGCAGGAGGAGUUCCAUCUGUUGCCGCCUCAGGAUUACCUCUACCUCAAGCAGGAAGACCUCCACAUGGAUGAUGAGGUGAAGCUGGGACAGGCGUACAAGAGGCUUCAUCAAGCCAUGGAGAUGGUCGGCUUCCUGCCCUCCACCAAGAAACACAUAUUUUCCACCCUCUCCGCCAUCUUGCUCUUGGGCAAUGUCAGCUUCACUCUGUCGGAGAACAGCGAGGCUCUGGAGGUUGGACCGGCGGACGUUUUGUCCACAUUGUCGGACCUUCUCAAGGUGAAAAAGGAGCGGCUUAUAAAGACUCUGACCGAGAGGAGAGCCUCCAGCGACAACGGCACAGUGUUUUCACAAUACACACUACAGGAGGCCACGUCUGCGCGGGACUCCAUGGCAAAGUCUUUAUACGGCGCUCUGUUUGACUGGAUCGUCCUUCACAUCAACCACGCUCUGCUCAACAGGCGUGACAUGGAGGAGUCUGUUUGCUGUUUGUCCAUUGGAGUUCUUGAUCUGUUUGGCCUGGAGAACCUGCAGACAAACGGAUUCGAGCAGCUGUGCAUCAACUACAGCAACGAGAAGCUUCACUGUUACAUGAACCAGCAAAUCUUCAAACUUCAGCAAGAAGAUUACGUGUCAGAGGGCAUCAGCUGUCACAGCUUUGACUACAUCGACAACAGCAGCUGCGUUCAGCUGAUCAGUGAUGGUCUCUUCACCGUGUUGGAUGAGGAGAGCAAACUCCCUCAAUCGACUGACGGAGCGCUGUUGGACAAGUUGAAGUUGCAGCUCAAGGACAACUCGCUCUUUGCAGCCUCCACCGACUGCGAGUCAUUGUUUGUCAUUCAGCACUUUGCUGGCAGCGUUCAAUAUUGCAUCAAGGGUUUCCGACAGAAGAACAUGGAUCGCAUGCAGCCGGCAGUCGCACGGCUUCUGCGGAGCAGCGAGCGGUCGUUCCUGCAUCACCUGGUCGCGUCCGGUCCGGAGGCUUUGUUCCGGUGGGGCGUCCUCCGAGCCACCAUCCGCAUCCUGGCGGUAUUCAAGGGCUUGGGACGCAAAUACGCAGAGAAGAUGGCCGCCCGACGCUCAUCCCGCAAAUCCCUGAAAGACAUAAAACAGAGGCUUUCCAGCAACAGCUGGACACUGGACUUCUCCUUCGAUCGCUCUGACGAACAUCCUCUUGACGUAUUUGAGGACAUCUUUGCCAAUUUCGAAAAGAGGAAGAAAACGAGAGCCGGCCGACAGAAGCAAGUCAUUCCAAAGAAUCUCAUGGACUUGCGCUCCCUCAGACACGUCGUGGGUCUGGUCUCGAGCCACAAGUCCGCCUGCCGCCGUGUCCCACAUGCGACGCCUGCCACAGUUUGCGCUCAGUUUCAGGCGUCACUCACAAAGCUGAUGGACACUUUGGCACAAGCCGAGCCAUUCUUUAUUUUCUGCCUGCGCUCCAACGCUGAAAAGAAAGAGUUGCACUUUGACGAUGAGCUGGUGCGCCGGCAAAUCCGCUACACUGGCAUCCUGAAGAUGGUUCUGGUCCAGAAGUCGGGUUACGCUGCCAAAUACACCUUUAAGGAAUUUGUUGAAAAAUUCCGAAUGUUGCUUCCCAAAGAGGCAACCGAGUCUCCUGAGCACAUCGCGGAGCUGCUCGCCAGAAUGGGCUUGGACCAGAGCACCUACCAAAUCGGGAAAACCAAGGUGUUCCUUAAAGAAGAAGAGAGGCAGUUGCUCCAGGACACCCUCAACAAGGAAGUGAUGCGUCACAUCAUCGUCCUCCAGCGCUGGUUCCGUGCUUGUCUGAUGAGGAUGCACUUCCAGCAGAAGAGGGACGCCUCGCUCAUCAUACAGAGGAGUUGGCGUGAGUUUUCCGAGAAGCGGAGCAAAGCUGCCUCAGUGAUUCAAACGGCGUGGCGCACUUCACUGAAGAGGUCGCAGAAACUGGACCAGUUAACCAAUGAUGAGAAUUCUACAAAAGGCCAACCCGGACGAGUCAGCCAGUCGAGGAAAGAACUGCGGCGUCAGCGCAAAGUGGAGCUCAGCCCCAACAGAAGCGAGCAGACAGACCCGGUCAACGGUGAGUCGGCACCAAAGGGCAACAGGAGCCGGGAGAGGCGCGAGGGUCGAGGUUCUCCGCCAACCCUCAACCGGCCCUUCUCCGUUCCUUUGGACCCCAAAGCGGACAGCGAUGACAGCGGCGCCGGCUCCCCGAAGCCCAUCUCCCUGCAGCGCUACAAAGACGGGCGCGGCUUUAAGGAGAAGGCCGAGAGGUGGCGAGGCAGGAUGAGCGAUGAGUCAAGUCCAGAAGUGCACAGGCGGAAAGACUUUCAGCGGCAGGGGAAGUCCAUGUCCGCUGAUGAACUCUCCAAGGUCAGCUCGUCCGGCUCUGACAGCUCACCGUCUGCCAGUGAGAUCCCUGCGGAACCGGACGGGUCUCGGUACAGCCUUCCUGCCAGCAGCUCCAAUGAUGAGACCAGCCUGCAGAGAUCUAACCAAUCACAUCUUACUACGCCUGAGAAAAUUUGGUUUCUUAGUCGAUUCCUGCGAAAGCGACCGCCUAAAUUAAGCGCCCACAGUGAGACACUAUCCCAGGAUAAAGCUGUCACCUUGCCCAGGUACACGCCUCAGGUGUACCACAUGCCGGACCAGCGCUCCGCCCGCAUCAGUCGUAACCCCACCAUCAAAAUCAGCCGGGCCACUCGGGUCCAGCAGUGGAACGCCUCUCUGGACCGCGAGAUCACCGAUCCCAAAGAGCUACGCAACCUGGACGAGUUUCUAGGCAACCAGGUGAACGACCUGCGAGCGAAGGAGCUGUCACAGACGGAGAGCAUCUUCCUGAAAGCCACCGUGCACUUCAGAGAGACCAUCAAAGGCAUGUUCUCCAUGCAGAAGCCUCAGAUCGGCUACAAGGACCUGAUGAAGGGCUACCACAACAAAGUCUCCUCCCUCGCCGGCCCUGAGAAGAAGAACGAAGCAUCGCUGGUGGUCAACUUGUUCCAGUCGGUGCUGGACGGCUUCAUCAGGGGCGAGGUGAAGAGGUUGGAGUCGGAGCCGCUCAAGGCUUCCAAGACCACCAAGAAAAGACGGAAAAAGGACAAAUGCCCGGACGGCCCGCUGGGCCACCGCUUCAGCACCUCCCAGGUGAACAUCAUGCAGUCAUGUGACCUGUGUGGCUCCUACAUCUGGGGCAUGGAGAAAGCCUACAUGUGCAGCGCCUGCAAGUUGAUAUGCCACAAGAAAUGCCUGAGCAAGAUCAUCGCUGACUGCUCAACACGCUGCGCCCUGCAGGACGACAGCGUGCCCGGUGCCCUUCACUUCGGGGUGCACGUGUGCGUCCUGACCAGCAAGACCACCCCGGUGCCCAAGGUGGUGGAGCUGCUGCUGCUGCACGUGGAGGUGAACGGGCUCUACACCGAGGGUCUCUACCGCAAGUCGGGCUCAGCUUGCCGUGCCCGGGAGCUUCAUCAGAUCAUGGAGAUGGACCCCGAGGCGGCCUGUCUGGAGAACUACCCCAUCCACACCGUGGCAGGCCUGCUGAAACGUUGGCUCCGAGAGCUCCCGGACCCCCUCAUGACCUUCUGUCUUUACAAGGACUUCCUACAUGCCGUGGAGUUUCCGGAGAGGGCGGAGAGGAUAAGGGCGGUGUACCAAACGGUGGACGAGCUUCCCCUGGCCAAUUACAACACGCUGGAGCGGCUUAUCUUCCACCUGGUGCGGGUGGCAAACGAGGAAGACUACAACAAGAUGUCUCCGAGCUCCCUCGCCAUCGUCUUCGCCCCAUGCAUCCUGCGCUCUCCCGACUCCGACGACCCCUUCCUCGGCAUGAAGGACGUCGCCAGGACGACCACGUGUGUGGAGAUCCUCAUCACGGAGCAGUUCAGGCGCUACAAGGAGAAGCUGCAGAACAUCCAGGAGCUGGAGUACGCCGAGGCCUUGGCUGUCAGUCAGCUCAAGCUGAAGAGGCAGAACACGGUUGUGGAAAAACCCUCUGAGCUGAAUGUUCCGGACCAGACAGAUAACGACGAGAGGACUCUGAUAGAGAGAAUCAGGUCUAUCAAGCAGGAAAAGCUGGACCUGGCAUGCAGGCUACCCGAUCUGGAGCAGGAGAAUUCUGACAACGAAAUCCUGGACUCUUCGUCAUCCAUGAGCACGGAGAGUCUCGAUGAGCGUCUGGGCAGUCUGGACUCGGAAGCGAAGGUGAGCGUGCGGCAGCCAAGUCGGGACAAACCUGCGGACCCCACGCACAAAGCCGAAUGUCUCCCAACAGAACCCAGGCCGCACGGCGUCCAGCAGCCGGAGAGCUUCAAGGCCAGUGAGGAGGACGCCACACACCCGUCUGCCGUCGACAGAAACACUUUCAGCGGGAGCUUUGACAACCUGGAAAUUCCUUACAUUGAUGAGGAGGAGGAGGAGGAGGAAGCCAGUUAAAACCUCCAUGUGUCACCAUUUGGGGGGGUGGGGGGGACUUUUACCAUCUUGUCAGUGCUGCUAUGGAAACAAAGUGAUAAAGUGUAUUUAAUAGGGGACACUAAUAACACUGAGUACCGCUAUGUUGCCAUGUGACUUUACUAGUAUUUCAACACUGUACAUACACUUUUUUUUUAAUAAGGUACUAAUUUGAUGAAUGAACUGCCUUUACAGUACGAGUGGACAAAAGAGGCUGACUACAGUGCAAAAACACCGUUGUCAAAUUGUGAAGGCACCACUAUUGGUGCACAGUUAUUUGAUUUUGCUUUUAUUGCUAUGACUGAUCCCUGUGGUUGCUUUUUAGACUGACAUACUGUACGUUUCCCUGUUUGGCUACUAAAAUGUUGACUACAUGUGUGUUUGUCAAGCACCCCCCCCCGUACAGGUGCAUCUCAAUAAAUAGGAAUAUGGUGCAAAAGAUAUUUGGAUUUCAGGAGCUCACUUCAGACUAAGAGACCAGUUCAAGGCUCUUUUGCUGGUUAAGUUGCUGGUUUAAGUAACGUAUUAAGAAGCGUUGCAAUAUGACUGCAAAUGACUAAUCUUAGGAAUUGCCUGUAAAUCACUAUGAAGUGACUUUAAACGACUUUUGAUGCGUGUGCUUUAGCAUUUGAAACAGGGGAAAAAGCGUUUAAAGACUGUUAACUUUCGGUAACAAACGCGGUUUGCCAUUAUGUCAUUUCCGCCUUAUCACCCGCCAUGCACUGUGCCGCAAAUUAGCAAAGCAGAAGCCGCCAACUUCCUCUGGGCCAAUCAGAAGCCGCCUUGCUGCGGGCGACCAAUCGCCAGUCGUUUUUGUAUUGUAAAGGCGGAGCUGUGUUUGCUUCCGGAAGAAGAGGGCUAGAAGCGAGGUGGAGAUGAGAAAUCAUCAUCGGUAGUUAGUUUAGCCCGCUGAUGUCUGGCGACGAAUGUUAUGAGAUGAACAGUCGACAUUUGCAGUUGUUUUACGUUUGUUAGGCGCCGCGAUGACCAUCUGACGCUCAAGAAUGGACAUAAGUUAACAAUGACGGGG